AUGGGACCGACAUUUGCUCUCGAGGGCGCCUCGCAUUGUUUCUUCAAAUUAGUUACGAUUGACUUUGAUCUGCAAACCCGUCGUGGACUGGUCUCGUCUGCCUCAUUGCUCAUUGUCGCUGCGCCCGUUGCUACGGCCAUCCACACCAAUCCAAGCUUCACCGUUCGGCCCGUCACGCGCUCCUCCUCGUCGCGCGCCGGCAGCGCCGCCCCGGAGACACCCGCGACACCGACGCGCAAGCGCACCAGCAGCAGCCGCAAGUCUGCCCCCCUGCCCUCCACCACCACCACCACCACCACCACCACCACCACCACCACCAGCGGCUGGUCGCACGCGCCGGACGCGGCCACACUGUUCUGGCUGGGCGUGUCGCUGCCGCUCGUCAUCUGGGACACGGCGUACGUGCUCGGCCGGCCGCACACGAUGGAGCACGGCUGGCUGCACUGGCCGCUCUGGGCCCCGUACAAGCUCUACGGCCAGGUCGACCACGUCUACGGCUGGAAGGCCUUUCACGCCCGCAGCGGCUUCACCGCCGCCCAGGGCGCCCUCAACGCCGUCGAGACCGUCAUGUACCUCGCCUACGCCUGGGUCUGCCUGACCAAGGCCGUCGACGCCGCCGCCGGGGGGGAGGGCUCCCGCCGCCGCAGGAGGGCCGUGACGGGGCGCGCCGGCGCCCGGGCCGUCCUGGUCGGCUUUAGCGCCGCCGUCAUGACGCUCUCCAAGACGCUCCUUUAUUGGCUCAACGAAUACUAUAGCGGCUUCGACAACAUCGGCCACAAUGACCUCGUCAGCCUCAUCUUUCUCUGGAUCAUUCCCAACGGCGCCUGGCUCGUCGGCUCGACAUGGAUGAUAUACUCCCUCGGCGGCGACAUUCUUCGCGCAAUCGAGACUGCCUCGCAUGUCAAGGGCGAGUAA